AUGACAGCUAGCAACCAGCGGCAAGCAAGAAAGGGAAGCAAGAGGAUGGCAAGACGAGAGAUUGAUCAGCCCGUCCUGCUGGUCCCUGUUCCUAUUUUUUGCGCGCCUGCGCCUGCGCCUGCGGUUCUGCGUCUGCGAGACCCUGUCUGUCCACUUCUCAUCCAAGUUCAAUCUAACCUACGUGUGCAGGUGCCCGCCAAAGGAAGCACCACCACCAGAGCAACAGGCAGAAGAACAGAUGGAUUGGUUCGGAUUGGCUACCCAACCUGCAGAAGCGGAUGCCGCGCUGGGCGACUGGGUCUAGGUCUGGGUUCCUUGGAGGGGCUUCCUUGGGCCUGUGCACAAGUCAACCCAGGUCGCCGUACGGAUACUCCUCGCAAGCUGGACAGCUGGAUUCGCUUAUGGCUUGAUGCUAGGGUGCUGCCGAUGGCUGCUUUGAUAGAGGCUGUCAGACGCUGUCUGUAUGUCCGGCCAGUCCUGGCGUGCAACGCUAUCCCGUUCUCGACCAGCAAUCGCAGGCCAGAGACGAAUAGCUGCGAAAGAGGGUUGAGGGACGCGCAGUCUCCUCCCUCGAGUCUUUCUGCCGAGUUUCUCCUCUGGCUGCCUCUAUUACUGGCUGGGGUCACCUCUCUUCAGAUGAACAGCGGUUAA